AUGUGUUUUGGCUUUAUAAACACUCAUAUUGUGUUUGUCAAAAACAAUGUGGGACUUUUGGCUCAGAUUUGUGGUCUCAAUGUCAUCAUUCAGGUGGAUGAUUUGGAAGAGGUUAGUGAGUUUUACCAACACAGAGGAUGCUUCAAUGAACUUAUUUCUCUAAUGGAAAGUGGGCUAGGAUUGGAGCGUGCACAUAUGGGAAUCUUUACUGAAUUGGGCGUUCUUUACGCAAGAUAUCGCUCUGAGAAGCUAAUGGAACACAUUAAGUUGUUCUCAAGCCGGCUUAAUAUUCCAAAGGUUAUUCGAGCAUGUGAUGAGCAGCAGCACUGGAAAGAACUUACAUACUUGUACAUCCAAUAUGAUGAGUAUGAUAAUGUUGCAACUACUGUUAUGAAUCACUCUCCUGAAGCAUGGAACCACAUGCAAUUCAAAGAUAUUAUAGUUAAAGUUGCAAGUGUGGAACUCUACUAUAAAGCUGUUCACUUCUACUUGCAAGAACAUCCUGAAGUAGUAAAUGAUCUUCUAAAUGUGAUUGCUCUUCGUGUGGACCAUACUCGUGUAGUAGACAUAAUGCAGAAGGCUGGCCACCUCAAAUUGAUCCAGCCUUAUAUGAUUGUCGUCCAAAGCAAUAAUGUAUCAGCUGUCAAUGAAGCUCUAAAUGAAAUUUAUGUUGAGGAAGAGGACUAUGACAGACUUCGAGAAUCAAUAGACCUGCAUGACAACUUUGAUCAAAUAGGUCUUGCACAGAAGAUUGAGAAGCACGAACUUCUUGAAAUGAGGCGUGUUGCUGCAUACAUCUAUAAGAAAGCAGGAAGAUGGAAGCAAUCCAUUGCUUUGUCAAAGAAAGACAAUCUUUACAAGGACUGUAUGGAAACUUGCUCUCAAUCUGGUGACUGUGAACUGUCGGAGGAUUUUCUUGUCAACCAUAAGUCAAAUCGAUAA